AUGAAAAUGGUUACAAUGAAUUCUCAGAAGAGAGAAAGAACUAAGCUCAAAGGAAAAUACAAGGAAAUGCCGACCUGGUCCUUGAUCGAGCUGGAGCUCGUCUUUACGUCGACCGGAAUAGCUCGGAUGGCAGUUAACUGGCUUACGAGGGAGUCGCUUGGUGGGCUCGAGGUCUUCUUGCUGGGCUUGAGUGGGCCUGGACUUCAAUCUUGGAUCAAGAUUGAGGAGAGCGAAGAGUCCGUGCGGCUGAGAUCUGUUUGGGACCCACAGCGCGUCACAUCAUCAGCUCGUCGCAUGCAAGCGGUUAAGAUCUGUUGUUUCGAUUUCGAAUUUCUCCAAAAACUCUUUCAACCUCUUUUUCCUCCGUCUCUCCUCCGAUUACAUGCCUCCGAAGGUAAUCGUCAAGCAAGAGAAGGGAAAGGCCGUCGACCUCGCGGUGACGGGAAGUUUCACGCCGCACGCCGAGACGACGCUCGACGCCGAGCCUCGACACUUCCGGCAGGAUUUCGGGAUCCCGGAGAGAUCGAGCUCUCCUGCCGGCUGAGGGCGAGGACCCGGAGCAUGUUCGUCCGGGGUUUUGCUGCGCCUACGUCGUAUUGGCGGAGCGCCGGGAUGAUUUUCCCGGUCCCUCGUUUUCUGAUGGAAGCGCUCGCUCAUUACAAGAUGGCGUUUCCACAGAUGCACCCGAGCUUCGUCCGCCACGUGAUAGGAUGUGCGGUUCGAGCUCGGGAAGAGGGCGUCUCGUUCGGUGUUCGAGAUCUGAGAAAGCUUUUCUCGGUGAAGAACAACACCAGGCUACCCGGGUCGUUUUACUCCUCGCCGAGGCCGAAUCGGCGAAUAUUCACGAACACCCCGCAGAGGGAUAGCGGGUGGAGUGACGAGAUGUUCUUCUUCCGGGUCAGCGAGGCCACGAUGGGCGACUUCGACUUUGGUCGAAUCCGAACGGAGUGGGCGACUAGCGUUGUUGUAGAUCCAGUACCGAACAACCCGGGGAUUGAUUACCUCGUCGAGCGACUCGGAAGGGAAAAGGUGAACUGGAGUACUUUUACUCCGGAACGGAUCCGUCGAGUUCUCAGCUCUCCUCCUGCUCCUCCUCCAGCUGAUCUUCCGGUUAGAUCGGCGCAAGAUUCUAGCUCCGCUUCUUCUGUUCCUCCUCUCUCACGCAGAUCGAAAAUGACCCGUCGUCAGCCUCUCAGAUCCCGGACCGCAAAGGGUGCCAAGGCGCUUCCUCGGGUGGAAGUCGAGUUCGUGCCGGCGAGUUCGUAA